AUGCUGUUCCCCUCCUGCCUCUACCUUUGGGCUCUUGCGAUACUUGCGGGCACUAUAUGUGCAUACAAUCUCAAAGACGACUACACCAGGAACGGUUAUGCCGACUUUUUCGACGACUUCAACUUCUGGACUGAUGGCGAUCCUACGAACGGAACGGUUGACUAUGUUGACCAGCAAUCAGCUUGGAAUAACGGCCUUAUUGGCAAUGGCGGCAACAUCUACCUCGGCGUGGAUCACGCGAAUGUCGCGAGCGGUCGUGGGCGAAAGUCUGUACGCCUGACGUCCAAAGCAACCUACAACCCUGGAACGCUCGUCGUGGCGGACAUCACCCACAUGCCCGAGACUUGUGGCACCUGGCCCGCGUUCUGGACAACGUCCGCAACCGCUAACUGGCCCCAAGAAGGCGAGAUCGAUAUCGUGGAGCAAGUGAACAACGCGAAACACAACGAAAUUUCUAUCCACGUCAGCGAGAAACAGGGCAAAUGCUACAUUGACCCAAACAUCGACCAGACCGCUGAGCGCGACCGCUUCACUGAAUGCAGCGAGGAGACCAACCUUGGAUGCGAUGUCAACGACCGUCGCGAGAAUUCCUUCGGCAGUGGCUUCAACAACAACAACGGCGGCGUGUAUGCAAUGGAGUGGACGGCCUGGGCGGUGAAGGUGUGGUUCUUCCCGCGCGACUCGAUUCCGACUGGCGACCAUGGCCCGCUUGGAUCGUGGCCCGAGCCAUCUGGAUGGGGCUCUCCAACUUCGGUGUUCCGCAGCAGCGAGGGCGAUGGAUGCGACUUGGACAAGCACUUCAAGAACCAGAAGAUCGUCAUCAACACCACGUUCUGCAGCUGGGCGUCCGCUGCCUGGGAGAGCUCUGGGUGCAAGGCUUCUACUGGUUGGGAGAAGUGCGAGGAUUACGUGUGGUGGAACUGGUCGGCUUUUGGCAAUGCGUUCUGGACGUUCAAUUCGCUCAAGGUUUUCACGUAG